CCUCCUUUUCACUCAACCAAUGUCCCCACGUGCCACAUCCCUCCCAUCACCGUUGCUGCUCUAGCCAUCUCGCGCGCGCGCCAGGCACGGCACACACACCAUGGCCAACACUCCGCGCAGCACCAUCGGCACCGUCAAGUCGUGGAACACGGGCCACAGCGGCUGGACGGACACCGACUCCUACUCCCUCAGCAACCGGCCCAUCGAGGAGGUCGAGGAGGCGCGUCUGCGCAGCGGCGGCUCGACCGUCAACGCCUCCACCGACGAGUUUCCCUGGAUCUCCCACGACCACAUCGAGCCCAUCCGCCACCAACACACCUCCCUCCACCCGCCGCAAUGGUUCCGCGAGGGCCAGGCCACCAACAACACCUUCAACAACAACAAUAGUGCCAUCCGCCGCGGCAACUCCGUCCGCUCGACCAAGAGCCUGCCGCGCGAGAGCAUCGUCGACCUGCAUCUCAUCGUGUCGGACCUGGACUACUACGCUGGCGCGGUGCACGACUUCCAGGCCGAAGAGGAGGAGGACGAAGAGUGGGAGUGGGAUGACGAGGAGCAGCAGGGCGAGUGGCCGCUGCCGCAGCAGAGCGACGGCGCCACCUUCGGCCAGAUCCAGAUCAUCCGCGGCGGCACGGUGAAGCGCGGCGCGUCAACACGCUCCAAGAAGGGCGAAAAGGACAUCAACCUCGUGACGUGGGACGGGCCCGGCGACCCGGACAAUCCCAAGAACUGGCCGCGGCGGAAGAAGUGGCUGGCCACCAUCACCGUCUCCCUCUUCACCUUCAUCUCCCCCGUCUCCUCGUCCAUGAUCGCGCCCGCGCUCGGUCACAUUCGCGACGAGUUCCACACCUCCAUGUCCACCACCAAUCUCGCCCUCUCCGCCUUCAUCCUCGGCUUCGCCGUCGGCCCUCUCUUCCUCGGGCCCCUCUCCGAAAUUUUCGGCCGCCGCAUCAUCCUGCAGCUCUCCAACCUCUUCUACUUUGUCUUCAACCUCGCCUGCGGCUUCUCCCAGAACAUCGGCCAGAUUGUCGCCUUCCGCUUCCUCUCCGGGCUGGGUGGCAGUGCGCCGCUCGGCAUCGGCGGUGGUGUACUUGGCGACAUUUGGCUCCCGCAAGAGCGCGGCAAGGCCAUGGCACUCUACUCUCUCAUGCCCCUCCUCGGGCCCGCCAUUGGGCCCAUCGCCGGUGGCUUCAUCGCACAAAACACCACCUGGCGCUGGGUCUUCUACUCCACCUCCAUCGCCGCCAUGCUCGUGCAAGGGCUGGGCCUCUUCUUCCUGCAAGAAACGUACGCCGCGGCGCUGCUGACGAGCAAGAAGAAGGAGCUCAUCAAGAUCACGGGGAACCGCGAGCUGCACACCGAAUUCGACACUCCCAACCGCAAGUUCCGCACGCACAUCGGCAUCGCGCUGCAGCGCCCCUUCCGCCUGCUCGCGACGCAGCCCAUCGUGCAGAUCCUCGCGCUCUACAUCGGCUUCGUCUACGGCGUCCUCUACCUCGUCCUCGCCACCUUCCCCGUCCUCUGGACCAGCCCGCGCUACUACAACGAGAGCAUCGAAAUCGGCGGCCUGAACUACAUCUCGCUGGGGCUGGGCUUCUUCGUCGGCACGCAGAUCGCCGCCCGCACCGCGGACAGGAUCUACAAGCACCUCAAAGCGCGCAACGGCGACGUCGGCCGCUCCGAGUUCCGCGUGCCCCUCAUGUUCCCAGGGGCCAUCAUGGUGCCCAUCGGCCUCGCCCUCUACGGCUGGACGGCGGAGUACCGCGUGUUCUGGCUGGUGCCCAACAUCGGCACCGCGAUUUUCGCGGCCGGCAACCAGCUCGUCUUCCAGAACUGCCAGACGUACAUUGUCGACGCGUACACGCGCUACGCCGCGUCCGCCAUCGCGGCCACCACGCUCUUCCGCUCGCUGGGUGGGUUUGCGUUUCCGCUGUUCGCUAAUGCCAUGUACGAUGCCCUCGGCUGGGGCUGGGGCAAUACGGUGUUGGCCUGCGCGGCGGUCGCUAUUGGCUUGCCCGCGCCGUUCAUCCUGUGGUGGUAUGGCGAAUCCCUGCGGAAGAGGAGCCAGUACGCUGCUGGCUGAGGUGGUGGAGAAUGUGUACAGUACGCGGUAAUCCGGAUAAAUCUGAUGAUGGGCCAGGGGGGGAGUUUUGCUGUUUUGAAUGCCGGGGGCCGGGGGAGUGCAUGCCUCGCGAGGCUGUGUGCGGAAUGGAGUUUUGCUUUAACAUCUCUGGAAUGUGUACAGGCGGAUGAGGAAACACGGGAACGACGGGGCUUUUCUGCUUUCAUCAAUCUCGUAUGGAUCUUGGGGAAAGAUGCAUAGCGGUCUCUUCUGGCCGAGGACGACCUACUCUCUUUUGUAAUUUGUGUGCGGACAAUAUAAUCCGAGAAUAUCAUCACAAUCACGGAACGUUCAGAGAGUGAA